AUGGCCAGAGUCGAAGUGGUGGCAGUGCCGGGCGAGGCCAACCCGCUUACGGAAGCACAAAUUGUGCAUACCCUCCAGUCUGCAGCAUCGUCAGAUCCCAUUCAGAUCCAAAGCGGCACCAAGCAGCUGGUGCAAUGGGAGAAGACGCCCCUCUUCUAUCGGCAUCUACAAAGUGCAUACCUGGCGAGCCAUCUGCCUGUCGAGGUUCGCUAUCUUGCCAUCAUUCAGCUCAAGAAUGGCAUCGACAAGUAUUGGCGGAAGACGGCCUUGAACGCUGUCCCCAAAGACGACAAGGACGUCAUUCGCGGCCGUCUAGUCGAGAGCACGGUACAGGAGUCGGACAAUCGCCUGGCUUUGCAAGCGGCUCUGGUGGCGGCGAAAAUUGCUAGGUACGAAUUUCCGAGUGACUGGCCGGACGCGAUAUCAAGCUUCCUCCGCAUUUUGCAGUCGAAUGCGACGCCUUCACAAUCGGCACGGAGUCUGCUGGCCUUGUUGCACAUCGUGAAGGAGCUAUCUACAGGCCGGCUGCAGCGCACCAGGCAACAUCUGCAAGCCGCCGCACCUGAGAUUGUUGCCGUGGUCGGGAAUGCAUAUGCGAACAUUGUUGCCCAGUGGCGCGAAACACUCAAUGUCGACAGCAUGCACCAAAGCCUGCUGGCGAUAAAGUUGCUACGACGCCUCUUCAUCUCUGGUUACGAACAUCCCAAUCGCGAUUCAGCCGUUACUUCUUUUUGGAACUUGUCGCUGGAGCAUGUCAGCGCUUUCCUGCCUCUCUUGGGCGACCACACACUUUCAGCAGACUCAGCUCGCCUGGUCGGUCGUCAUACGCUUCAACUCUCGAAGAUGCAUCAUGAGAUGGCCAGAGACCAUCCGGCGGCGUUUGCCUUAUUGCCGGACUCGCUACAGCUUACACUCUCGUAUUGGGCCCUGAUCAAGGACUUUGGCAGCGCGUUCGGCUCUAGGGAAGCCGUCGCUUCAGCUUCGGGAGACGUCGGGAUCGGCUCUGAUGGGGACGCUUCAGACGAGAAGCCGUUUGUGGAGAAGAUAUCCUUGAAGGGUAUGCUCAUUCUCCGCGCUUGCGUAAAGAUGGUCCAUAACCCGACAAACACAUUUAAAUAUCGCUCGCCAGAGGAUAAGGAGGAGAAGAAUAGAGCCACAGAGACGAUCAAGCAGACCCUUCUGAUAGAUCCAUUCGUGCGUGAGGUAAUGGAGGUUCUCGUGACCAAGUUCUUCGUCUUUCGAGCUAGCGACUUGAAAGAGUGGUUAGAGGAGCCAGAAGAGUGGGAAAAGAGAGAAGAAGGCGAUGGGGAAGACUGGGAGUUCUCGGUCAGAUCUUGCUCCGAGAAACUUUUCCUCGACCUUGCAAUCAAUUACAAGGAGAUCAUAGUAGAGCCAUUGCUCAACGUGUUCUACUCCGUUGCGAACCCCGGAAACGAGAAUGUGCUCUUCAAAGACUCGGUCUAUACGGCAAUAGGUCUUUCGGCAUCGGUCCUUUAUCAACAUCUUGAUUUCGACACCUUUAUCAGAGACGUCUUGGUGCAAGAAGUUCAGAAGUCAUCCGCAGGCUUCAACAUACUCCGCCGAAGAAUCGCAAUCUUACUGGGGCGAUGGAUCAGUGUCAAGGUGUCUCAUGACAGCAGACCUAUUGUCUACCAGAUCUUCCAGCACCUUCUCAACGAUGAAGACGCUCUGAAUGACCAGGUCGUGAGGGUCACAGCCGGCAGGCAGCUGGCGAACAUUGCCAACGACUGGGAGUUCCAAGUUGAGCAAUUCCUGCCAUACGCGCAGACAAUCCUUACGCAGCUCAUGACUUUGAUAGGAGAAGUGGAGCUCACCGAGACCAAGAUGGCGCUUCUGAACACUAUCAGUGUCAUUGUCGAGCGAUUGGAUCAGCAUGUGACACCUUACGCAGAGCGAAUCGUCAGCCUUCUACCCGGACUAUGGGAGCAAUCGGGCGAAGAGCACCUCAUGAAGCAGGCAAUCCUCACCAUACUCGCGAGAUUAGUUACUGCCAUGAAAGAACAGUCGCUGCCACUGCAUCCGAUGGUCCUCCCGAUCAUUAAAGGCGCUGUUGAGCCAGGUUCGGAAACACAAAUUUACUUGAUGGACGAGGCGCUCGACCUUUGGAGUAAUGUGCUGCAACAAACGCCUGCCGGCUCUGCAUCGCCCGAGCUCUUGAAUCUGGUGCAGUAUCUCUAUCCAAUCUAUGAGCUUGGUUCAGAGAAUCUCCGCACUGGCCUGAUGAUCGCAAAAUCCUAUGUGCUCGCCGCUCCGCAGUACAUGCUCUCGGCUCCUGUCCGUGCUGACAUGUUCCGUUCGCUAGUACAUCUACUAAAACCUCCAAGUGUGGACCUGAUUGGACUGGUGUGUGGUCUGCUCGAGACAAUGCUUCGAAUGGCUCAGCGACCAGAUGUGGCAUCUGGGUUGCCUCUUGGUCAGUUCAGCAAUGCUUCAGCCAUGAUCAUUUUUGAUCUCGCCAAUGUCACAAACCCAGACGCCGGAAACUUUGGACUGUUGCAGAAGCUGUUAGAUGGUCUACACAGCGCUUGGAGCGCACAUUGCACGACAGGGCCGAAUCGCAAGUACACAGAAGUCAAGGGCAUCGUGGAGACCGACUAUUUUGCCGUACUCUCUCGUGCUAUCCUUGGAUCCUUAGACAGCUUCUUGCACAGCUGCCAGAAGGCCGCAAGUGAUGUAUUUGGUGGCGCUACUCUAGAAGAUACGAUGAAGUGGCUUUUGGAAGAGUGGUCGUCUCACAUCGAGGACGUUGGCGAUCCGUCUCGAAAGAAGUUGAUGUGUCUGGCAAUGACAAAGCUACUAGAAACCAACCAAUCCUUCAUACUACUGCAGCUGCAGUCUUUGAUGACUAUCUGGACGGAUCUCAUCGUGGAGCUGCGAGAAGAUGAAGCCGACACAUCGGGAGAUUCGUUAGUCUACGGCGAUGACGGACCCAACACUGAGUGGGGACCAGAAUCACCCGAAGAGACUCGCAAUCGAGCAAUGACGGCAACAGACGAAGUGCAUACAAUCAAAGUACCCGACUUUGUCAAGCACUAUCUCCAGCAAGCAAUCACGGCGGCUGGAGGUUACGAGAAGUUCCAAGAGCAAUGGCUGGUCAAUGUUGAUCAAGAUGUGGUGAAAGCGUUUGCCAAGCUCGGUGUCAUGUAAGACGUUAGAGCAUAGAUGAUAGCAGCUGACAUGCUGUAGAACAUUGACGAAAAGCUACGAGCUUACUAUUUGCAAC